UGCAGACCCAAGCUGAGCGAGGUCCGAAGCCUUUGUGUGCGCCAUGUCGGCGAGUGGCAGUUCUAGCACGAUGGAGCACAGCUGCACGGAUGCCACCACCCAGACGCCUCAGACGCCCUUUGCAGCCUGGAAAGAACAAGAGCGCCACCUGGGAGUGCAGCGUUUAGGUGCGAUAGAGGGGAGAGCACGGGGUGCGAACCCCAACGGCCCCCUUGGCACUCCUUACCAGCUGUUCCGUCCAUGCAACGGUGAAGGGACCCGGUGUCGCGUCGGCCUUCGCGACUCCGAGACGCAGUUCGAGAGCAGCUGCAGCCAGCGCUGGCAUCGCCGCGUCACGGCGGCGCUGUGCGUGGCCGGCGUGACGCUCUCGUUCGUCAUCCUCGCCCUGGGGCUGCUCUUCGGCGGAGGGCUGGGCCGAGGGCCGCGUUACCCGUGGAAGAACGCGAGGGCCAACGCGUCCGCCAACGCGAGCAGCCCAAACCCAGGCGGCAAGCCGGAAAUGCCACUGCCGAAUCGACUCAACAAACUGGGUGACGUAAACACUUGUUUUUCAUCAGUUUCAAUAAAGAAGCGCUAACCGUUUGCCGGAACCCCUAAGAACAAACUUGGAUUCGACAUUGUGACAGUGCUUGGUAUAAAAGAAGCAAUCGCAUAUGCUGGAGAUUUUUGUAGUUCCGUUGGCUACUUAAUUCCAACAAAGCGCAUCAUGUUAUAAAGUAACGGGUUUUCGGCCAAAAUUGCGUCAUGUGGUAUUUGUGAAUCACAGCGCAAGAAAUGUGAACGUUCUGAAUUGAAAACCGCCCAUAUAGUUGAGAUCGGCCAAAAAUGUCACAUGAUGCAACGAGGCAUUCUUGGCACAGCGCUGUGAGCGCAAAUGAGCUGCUGCAUCAUUUGUUCUACAGUCGUUGCGCAGGCAGCUCGAGAUAAAAGUUGCGUGUCAGUGCGCACAUUGUAAUCCGUUAUUUCCGCCGACUGGAAGAAAUGUACUUGAAACUGUAUUUUUUUGCUCACAAAUGCAUUUACUGUGGUUGAAAUUGCGCAUUCUAGAGUUCUAGAAUACGCGAACGCAAGCGCGAAUGAUACGGAUUGUCUGAGCGCUGGUACAAGUGCUGGUUCACAUUGAGAAAAAAACAUCGACCAAGUAACCUUUACGUAUUGGUUGAGACGUUUUAGUUACGUGAAUUGCAUAAGAACCGUAGCUGCUUCGAGUGCUGGUCAUAAGUACUGGUGUAGGUGCUGGUGCAAAUGCUGGUGGAGCCCUGUGCGUUUUAUCAAGCAGGGAAACAUAAAACCAUUGUUCACUGGUGCAGGUGUGGAAUAGGCUUUUUCCCUUUAUUUUUUUGCACUGAAUAAUAUAGACGCUUGUGGAACUAUUGAGCUGGGGCAAAAACUUUGGAAUAUUUUUUCUUCUGCAAAGUGAUGAGCGAAAGAGCAUAUGCGUGAAGAAAAAAAGUAGGUUCAGUUUCCUAGAUUAAGCCAAGUGAUGAAUUCAAAGCCUCCAUAUAUUUUUGUUGAGAUAGGUCGCCUUUACGCAAUCUGCUAAUAGAACUAUGAAACUGUGAUGUGCUGGUACAAUUAUUGAUGCUGACGUAGUGCUCACUUGGCCUGAAACAUGCAUGAGUAUUAAGCCUUCAUUCGUUCAUGUGAGGGCUUGAUAAAUUGGAUGUGUUGAAUGUGACGAAGCAAACGAAGCAUAAACCAUUUGUAGUGUAUAUCUGUCGAGUCUUGCAAGUGGUAUUUUGGCGUAUAGAGUUUAAAUGCAAAGCUUAAUGCUUAAGUGCAUGGAUAUAUAUAUUACCGUGAAAAUGCCAUUCUAGAGAAAAUUCAGUGAUGCUGAAGAUUCAUUUUGAGCUUCGUAAGUAUUGUCUGUUUAUUCACUACUUUGACAAAACAGAGGAGAACAGUGUUGCAUUGUACGGCUUAAAAAUAUGACGCAACAAUGUUUUUGCAUAACAUUUCAGUAUUUGUGUUCGCUUACUGACAGCUGGAUCGCUCCUUUGCUUUAUUUUGUCACACAUGUCUGUCUACACGAUGCAUAUUUAUCGCACAAGAAGAAAUCCAUGUAAGUACACAGUGUCCAUAAACUUUUCACCUUUUAGCUGGACUAAAGCUGCGAAUCUUGAAAGUACCAAAAAUUUGCCUUCUCUAACCACACACUCAUGAACUUCGUGAUGCAAGCCAUGACGUCUGUCGGCAUCAUCCACAGUUUCUUCUGUCUUUGUUGUCCACGCUAUCCAAGUUCUUAAGAGGCUUCGCGUCUGUGAAUUAGCCGAUCUAAACAGAACGCCUCUACAGUCCGUCAAAUUUCUUAUACAUUAGCCUGUAAGAAGCAUCAUGAAUAACUUUUGCCUUUAAUUUUUGCUUACUUUCUGAACAUGAUUUUAGAUCAAAGCGGUGCACCUGGAAAAAAAAAGUUAAUCUCGAGGACAUUGAAAGCAACACAAGCGUACUUUCUUUUUUAACCUUGGAGGCACAUCCGGUGUGUUUUUGCUUCGAGCGAGAAUAUGUAGUACGGCCACCAAUUCUUAACAGCUUUAAAUAUUUCUCGAAGCAGUUUACAACCAAACUUCUUUUCCCUGAAAAUGCUGACUUGUUUAUAUUUAAGUACGCUUACUUUAGCAUUUUGUUAAUGUAGUUGCGAUUUUCUGGUUUAAGCUCUCCGCCUGUUUCGGCAACAUGAAGCGCCUCAAGCUGCUGUUCCGGCUUUUUGCAAGAUUUCUUUUCGUCAAAUUUUAUCGCCGAAUAUAGAGCUCCUUUCUAUCGGGAAGAAAGAGCACCCCAUCCCUUAAUACAAAGACUCGUGCUGCAGCUUCCCCGGUGCUUUUAUGGGAGAUGCACGCUCGUGUUCACAGCCGUCAGAAGGUCCCAGGGAGCUCCCGUCAGGAAAGUAUAUUGCCAAAUAGUUGAGUUAACAGAAGAAAUUGUGGUGAAAAGGGACCACCGAGGUCUGACUCGACUGCGAUAUAAUAAAGGUAAAGUAUGGCAAAUUCUGAAAUUCGCAUAAUUGUUGGGCUGUUGCGAGUGAGCGUCUACUAGAGUUGCUUCUUGUCUUAUCGCCCAUUGCACGUCAUAGAGAAAGCUGCAGCGCUCAGAUUACUUGUCAAAUGAUCCCGUUGUUUUUUUUCUAUAUUUUGACAAAAUGAUUGAGUUUAAUUGCGGUUUCUCUGCUUCCUUACUUUCAGACAUCGCUGCGCAGCCUCCAAAGACGAAGAUGACAAAUAUAUCGAACGAAGCUACUACCCCUUAA